ACCAGGCAUGGUAAUUGAACUAACUGUAUUCUGCUGGUUUCUUUUGAAAGACUACAUUUAACAGAUGACUUCUCUAUAGUGCGAAAUGGAUUAUCAACGGCAUAUUACCUCACGUCCAUUGAGAAUUAUUUGCCUUUUUAAUCUGGUAUCCUCUGUAUUGUUGUCCAGCUGUCCUCAAAUCUGCGACCCAGGCUUCAUUAUUGAAAAGUGUAAGUGUGUCCGUUGUUCCGAUGGCUACUACUGGUACAUGCAGAACGGCCUUCCGAAGUGUGACCUAUGCAGCGAAGCCUGCUCAGUGGAUCAGCACUUGACACAGGUGAAGGAAUGCGGCCGGGACUCAAACCGCGAGUGCCACUGUGACAGUGGCUUUUUCUGUGACAGCGCUGCCCAGUAUACCUGCCGGAGGUGUAAGCCGUGCUCGCCCGGAACCUUCUCUAACAAACCAAACCUAACCAUGUCCUGCAAACCCCACACAGAUUGUGGCCAUAAGGGAAUGACUAUGGUGACAGAGGGCACUGCCACUCAGGAUCGUGUAUGUGCCCAGACCUCCCCUAACUCUCCUACAACCACUGCGCCUCCAACUGUCCACAGCUCAGAGAUAGGCUUUCAUUCUUCUACCUCCAGUGGAGUCAGCACCACCCGAAAACCCCUCAUCAUAGCAUCCCCAUCUGGCCUGGUGGGGUCUACAUCUCCUGAUGCCUUUCCCAUAGCCACAAUUGACACAUCUGCAGACCCUUCACCAGCCUUACUCACCAGGCCUUCUUUGUCCCAAGCCCAAAGCGAGCCCUCUACCUCCCUCCCAACUAGGAAACAAGUCACUGAACACAGCUUCUUUGACCCCAACACAAAGCUCACCACCAGGAGAAACCCCAGCAAGGUGGACAGUAACACCUCACCUGCAGAGUCUGCUUCUGCACCUCUUACCACAGAUGACAAUGACUCACCUCAUCUCUCAGCAACAGAUACUGGACCGAGCCCUUCCACUCUCCCUUGGCUGCUGCUGAUAGGUGGGCUACUAGGGGUUGUCGUGCUGCUGGUUGUUUACUUCGUCCGUUGUAAGGAGAGGUCACUGAAGUCCCUAGACAAGUGGAAAGGUCCAGUAUUUGGUAUAAAUAUUUGUAAGGAAGGUUUAAGAGGGAGCUAUAAUGUGUGGGAGAGCUAUCAUUGUCCUGCUUCCCUACAGAUGGCUUCCUAUAUACAGGCCCAGCCACCACAGGAGAGUUGCCCAUACCCGGAGGCCCAGCAUCUUCUGGGGAGUGAGACUGGAGGAAAUCCUAGACAGGAUGGUCCAGGGGUCAUGAAGCAGGUCACAGUGGACCACUCUGGUGGAGAGAACAUUAGCAACACAGUGGGGUCCAUUUACAUCUACUCUCCAGGGACGGUUGUCCUGGGAUACAACAAGUCGGAGAGGAAGGUGGAUCAAGUCGAGAGUGGGGUAGAGGGCUGUCCCCUCACCAGAACACCCCAGCAGGAGUCCUCCUGUCCCCUCCCUGAGGGCCUUGCUCUGGGGCCAGAGAGAAUGAGUACACAGGAGGAGACCUGCAAAGAGCUGAGAUACCCCAUCCCGGUCACCAGCAACUGAGAACUAGAAAAAAAUGGAAAUGAAGGAUUAACUAUGGAAAAAGCCUGAGGAGGAGCAACUUCAUUCAAUAUCAACUAUCAUCUCUAGGGCAAGAAUGCAGACAGAUUAUUAUUUGCUACUGUAAAGACUGUUAGACUGGAUGGCUUCCUUCUGUACAAGGAUUGCCAAAGCCACUGGGGUCCCUCAUGGGUCAUCUAUUAUGAAAUAGUGACAGUUUGGUCCAACUGUAUGUAAUAGUCUUAGCACGGUUUCAAAUUCACUGUAAGUCACUGUUGUGACAGCAGUGGUGGGACAGUUUGUGAGAGCAAUGCAUGGUCUGUUUGAUAUGGGGUGUCAACACUGUGAGUCGGAGUUUCCCAUCAUAGGGUGCAUGUACACAAUGGCGCCAGAUAGUGUGAGAGUCUACGUGUAUCAACCACAGAAACAGUGAAGACAAGAAAUUCAUAUGAGGUGGGAAGUAACCUAUAUAACAAGUAGGGUUUGGCGUGUGAAGAGCUUACAAUUUCCAUUGUAAAGUAAUACAGGGACUGUCUGGACAAUUUAAACUCAAACAUAGCCAUGUUCACUGGUUAUAACCUUUGUUCUGUGAAUUUAUGAUCAAGACAUUGCUAUGUACAGUAGCCUACAGAAGGAAGACAGAAGAAAGAUGAUUUUAUAACAGACAA